UACACUGUCUAGAGAAAAGAAGGGAAUAUUUGUAUGUCCCUGGGGUGCAUCAUCAUACAUUACAUGCUUCAAAAUAUGUUCAACAACAAUAACAACAACAACAAUGCCCACCACCACGACCAAAUGAUGGGUCCGAGAAUCUCCUUCUCGAGCGAUUUCAUGGACACCAACCAACACAGGUACGAGCUUGGAACCGCCUACAAGGAAGCCCCCGUUUCCUCCGACUUCGAGUUUUCAGUCAUGGGCUGCAGCUCGAGCCUCACCCCCGCAGAUGAGAUCAUCUUCCAGGGCAAGCUCCUGCCCGUCGAUGAGUCGGGCUGCAGCGAUCAGAUGAGGAAGAUGACUACCCUGAGGGAGGAGCUGCUGCUCGUUGAAGAUGGUGACGAUGAGCCGCCGAGGAGGAGCUCUGGCAACAGCGGGCGGUGGAUGGAGCGGCUUGGACUGAAGAAGGGACGCCGACAUCGCGGCGGGAAAAGCCUGGAGACAGUGGAGGAAGAGGUGGCUUCUCAGGACACCCCCAGGAAACAACAGGAAGAGUUAGCAGAAGGAGGGCGACAAAGUUUCAGAAGCGCAAGAGGAUGAAAAAAAAUGCAGAGUUAAUUAAUGGAUGCCUCAGUCAGUCAGUAGUGUUGCAUUUAGUUUGCAGGAAUAUUUUUCAUUUUUUUCUUCUUUUUUUUUGUUGUUUUCUUCUUCUUCUUCUUCUUCUCUCUCUCUCUCUCUCUCUCUCUCUCUCUCUCUCUCUCUCUCUCUCUCUUAAUUUUCCUCACAAUAUUGGGAUUGGAUUGGGAUAUUAUAUAUCUCAGAGAGGGCUUCAAUUUGAUCUUCUAAUUAGGAUCUGUAUUUUUUCUUUUUUUCUUUUUCUUUUUUCUUUGUAUUUUUAUCUAAAAGAUUUGGCUAAUUAUCCCGUCACUUUUUGUGUACAAAUAUAUAUUUGUAGACCUGAACCCAGGCAGUGACCAUGACUAACUAUAUUUCUC